GCUCUGUCUUUCCCUCUCAGUCUGCCUGUGCACUGGACAGGACCAGAAGUGUGUGUUAGAGUGUGUGUGAGUGAGUGUGAAGUGUGGAUGUUACGGGAUCCAUGAAAAAGUGUGGAGUCCCUGGACACCGAUGCACACUCAGCACCUUCCAGAGCCACAAAGGAAUACACCUUAACCCCUAACACACCUCACACGUCACCCCCUCUACAUUCCUAACCACAUGGAGCCAUGUGAGCUCCUGCCUGCCUCGCCGAGAAUCUGACUCGGAUUGACUUCUAAAGAGACGCUCACGGACACUCUGGAUCUGCCUCGGAGUGCACAGAGAGGAGAGGAGCAACUGCAGAGAUCUUGACCCAGGAGGAAAGUACUGUUUCCCAGGCGCUGUGGACCGGGAGCCCUCCGUGGGCUGGAGACCGGCACUCCAGCACCAUGGAUUACCUGCUUGGGAUUGUAGUCCUGCUGGGAAUGGCAGCUCUGCCUGGGAGACUGGCCCUGCAGAACCCCAAGAGGAGCAUUCCCCGGCUCCGACUUUCUUACAAUGAAAUGCUGGACUCCAGUAAUUUAGUGACUUUCACUGGAAUAACAAACAGUUCGGGUUACGACACAUUUCUAAUGGAUGAGGAGCGAGGGAGGUUACUAGUAGGAGCAGAGGACCAUAUCUUCUCUUUAGACCUCGUCAACAUUAACAGAGACCUCAAACAGAUUGCCUGGCCGGCCACACCUUCGAAACGAGAUGAAUGCAAGUGGGCAGGAAAAGACCUGGGAAAAGAGUGCUCCAACUUUGUGAGGGUGCUGCAAUCCUACAACCAAACACACCUAUAUGUGUGUGGCACGGGAGCAUUUCAUCCCAUAUGUGCCUAUCUAGAGAUAGGCAAAAGAGCAGAGGACAAUAUUUUCAGGCUGGACACAUCCCACUUUGAGAACGGCCGUGGGAAAAGCCCCUAUGACCCAAAGAUGCUGUCAUCCUCUCUGUUGAUUGAUGGGGAAUUAUAUUCUGGAACUUCAGCAGACUUCAUGGGACGAGACUUUGCCAUUUUCCGAACCCUCGGAUCUCAUCACCCGAUCCGGACAGAGCAGCAUGACUCCAGAUGGCUGAACGAUCCCAAGUUUGUUGGAAUUCACCUCAUCCCUGAGAGCGAUAACCCAGAGGAUGACAAAAUCUUCCUGUUCUUUAAAGAGAAUGCCAUGGAUGGAGAACACACAGGCAAAGCCACCAUCUCCAGAAUAGCACAACUGUGUAAGAAUGAUGAGGGAGGACACAGGAGUCUGGUGAACAAAUGGACUACGUUUCUAAAAGCUAAACUGACCUGUUCUGUCCCAGGGCUCAACGGCAUUGACACACACUUCGAUGAGCUCCAGGACGUGUUUAUAAUGAGUGCCAAAGAUCCGAAGAACCCAGUGAUCUAUGCAGUCUUCACUACCUCCAGUAACAUCUUUCGUGGGUCAGCGAUCUGCAUGUACAGCAUGGCUGAUAUCAGGAGGGUGUUUCUGGGCCCCUAUGCCCACAGAGAUGGUCCAAAUUACCAGUGGGUGCCCUUCCAAGGCAGGGUCCCAUACCCCCGCCCUGGGACAUGCCCCAGUAAAACCUUUGGUGGUUUUGACACGACCAAAGACCUUCCGGAUGAUGUUAUUACAUUUGCCCGUCUGCAUCCUGCCAUGUAUAACCCGGUGCAGCCGGUUGGUGGACGACCCAUCGUGGUUCGCACAGAUGCAGAGUACCAGUUCACCCAGCUGGUGGUGGACCGUGUGGAGGCUGAGGAUGGGCAGUAUGAUGUCAUGUUCAUCGGCACAGAUAUGGGGACAGUGCUGAAGGUGGUGACCAUUCCCAGGGAGAGUUGGCACGACCUGGAAGAAGUGGUGCUGGAGGAGAUGACCGUCUUUAUGGAACCCACUGCAAUCACUGCUAUGGAACUCUCUACUAAACAACAACAGCUGUACCUGGGAUCAGCUUUGGGAAUAUCACAGAUGCCUCUUCAUCGCUGUGAGGUGUAUGGCAAAGCGUGUGCUGAAUGCUGUUUGGCCAGAGAUCCAUAUUGCGCCUGGGAUGGCACUGAGUGCUCCAGAUACUUCCCCACCGCUAAGAGGAGAACAAGGCGUCAAGACAUCAGAAAUGGAGAUCCUCUGUCUCAGUGCUCUGAUUUGCAACACAACGAUGAUCUGGAGGGCUACAGCAGUGUAGAGGAGAGGAACGUAUAUGGGGUAGAGAACAGUAGUAUGUUCCUGGAGUGUAGCUCCAAAUCUCAGAGAGCUCUUAUCUACUGGCAGCUACAGAAGCCCAGCGAUGAGCGAAAGCUUGAGAUUAAGCUGGACGAGAGGGUGAGUCACACCGAGCGUGGCUUGUUGAUCCGCAGCCUGACGCAAGCUGACACCGGAGUGUAUCACUGUCAUGCUGUGGAGCACGGCUUCAUCCAGCCACUCCUGCGCCUCACUCUGCAGGUCAUCCCGUCUCAGCGUGUGGGGGAGCUGCUUCUGCGGACCAGCGCUGCUGAACGAGACUCGCAUUCCAAACAAAAAAUCUGGUACCGGGACUUCCUAAGUUUGCUGGAGCACCCAGACCUCAACAGUGUGGACGAGUUCUGUGAGCACGUCUGGAAAAAGGAGCGCAAGCAACGUGGCAAGAAAGCACCGAAGGCAGGGCUGGGGCUAGCUCAGGCUCAAGCUCAAGUUCAGACACAGAAGAGCAGUCAGAAUUUACAGACUUCAGCCCAGAUUCAGAAUGAUGGCCCAAAAUCGACAAAUGUUCCAAAUCUGCCCAAAAUACAAAGAAGCCAAGUUCCACCAUCAGCAGGGACCACCAGCACAGACAGCCAGAACCCCAAGCCGAGUCCAAGCAGCCCCUUGAAACUCCCGAGUACUCAGGCAACCCAGAACCAGAGUCAGGGAAAGAGAGGCAACUCACCAGCCCGAAGAACACCAGCCAGCACAGCCAAGUGGAAACAGCUACAGGAGAAUAAGAGGGGGCGCAACCGGCGCACCCACGAGCAACAGAGACCACCUCGCAGUGUGUGAAACCAGCACACUCUCUCUCACACACACAUAUACACACAAACAUCAGACCCAUCCAUUAGCACAUGCUGACAUCGAUUCAGCAGCCC